GUCACACGGUAUGGCGUGCGAUUGUUUGGUUUAUCGUUGUUGUACGUGAAUGGCUGGAAAGGACGCGUCGAGGGUGGACGUAGCGUUAUCUCGAGACGCGUCUGCAUUCUUCGUCCUCGUUGACGCGACGACGAGAUGAUACGUGGCGAGGACCGCGCUACGUCCUGAGAUCGCGAAAUACUUCGUGCGGAUUCACCUACGUGAACACUGAUUACUCGUCUAGGAUGGCUCGCCGUGCCAUUGUCGGGUGGAGCGAUUUGUUUGUUGUAGUUUACAUUCUGUGCUGCGGCAUAAUAUCUUCUAAUAGCCAUGGUUCGUCCAUUCUUCUGUUUGCCACGCAGAAGGAUCUCAGAAUGGCCAAUGUGUCCCGCAACAACAAGGUCAAUAUCGUCAUCAAGGAGCUGUCGGACGUCGCGGCGCUCGAUUUUUACUACGAGCGCGAACUGGUCUGCUGGUCCGACAGUGGUCUGGAGAUGAUACAAUGCGCCCGCUCCAACGGCACGCACACAGGCGAGAAGAUGACAAUAGUGAACUCCAAUUUGAUCUCACCGGACGGCCUGGCUUGCGACUGGAUCACAGGCAAGCUGUACUGGACAGACCGGGAGAAGAAUCUGGUGGAGGUGAUCAGCCUGGACGAUCACCACAGGAAGGUCCUCUUCUGGACGGACAUCUAUCAGCCGCGGGCGAUCGCCUUGGCCCCAAUGCGGGGUCUCCUCUUCUGGACCGAUUGGGGUGACGUGCCGAAAAUCGAGCGCGCCAGCAUGGACGGGGAUCCUAACACGCGCGAGGUCAUCGUCCACGAGAACAUAUACUGGCCGAACGGUCUGACGGUGGAUUACGAGCGCGAGCUCAUCUACUGGGUGGACGGCAAACUGUGCUUUAUCGCCGUGAUGGAUUACAACGGGCGGAAUAGGCGCACGAUAGUUGGCAAGGGUCUGGAGUAUCCGUUCGCCAUCACGUUUUAUGAGGAUCGGCUCUAUUGGACUGACUGGAAGACCUGGUGCAUCCACACCAUCGACAUGCGCCAGUCGCAGGCGCAUCCGCGCGAGUUGUUUCACGGCGAAUAUAUACCUGGCGAUAUUGAAGUCUGGGACCCGAAAAGGCAGCCCCCCAGUGUAAAUCCUUGCAAGGUGAACAACGGAAAUUGUUCCCACCUAUGCUUGUUGAGCCAGGGAGCGCAGGGUUACACUUGCGCUUGUCCCACUGGCGUCAGGUUGCUGGACCGUUUCACGUGCGCCAAAGGACCGCACGAGCUGCUGCUGAUCGUUCAGCGAAACGAGAUCUGCCGAAUAUCCCUGGAUUCACCCGAUUACACGUACUUCGUCCUGCCGCUCAUCGGCAUCAAGCACGCGAUCGCGAUCGACUUCGACCCGGUCGACAAGAUGCUGUACUGGACCGACGAGCAGGCUUGCGCCAUCAGACGCGCCUAUCUGGACGGGACUGGUCAGGAAGACGUGAUUGUUGCGGAGGUGGUGAAUCCAGAUGGCGUCGCGAUAGACUGGAUCGCCCGGAAUCUGUACUGGACCGAUACCGGGACAGAUCGGAUCGAAGUGGCGCGCCUGAACGGCAUCAAUCGGCGCGUUCUGGUGAACGAGGAUCUGAUUGAGCCGCGGGCGAUCGCGGUUGCGCCCGAGCAAGGCCUGAUGUUCUGGACCGACUGGAACGAGAAGCGACCCAAGAUCGAGCGCAGUAACUUGGAUGGCACCGAGCGCGUAGCGAUUAUCACCAAGGACAUCGUCUGGCCGAACGGCAUCGCCCUGGACCUGGAGCGCCGUAAGAUCUACUGGUGCGACGCCAAGACCGACAAGAUCGAGGUGUCCAACAUGGACGGUACCGAUCGCCGCGAGAUCAUCACCGAGAAUCUCCCGCACCUGUUCGGUCUGAGUCUCCUGGGUGAUUAUCUGUACUGGACCGAUUGGCAGCGACGCAGCAUCGAUCGGGCGCAUAAGCUCACCGGCGGCGACCGAGAGGUCAUCAUUGACCAGGUACCUAACGUCAUGGGGCUCAAGGCUAUUCAUCUCGGUCAAAUGAGCACCAGCAAAUCGCCGUGCGCUCGUGACAACGGGGGUUGCAGCCACCUCUGUCUCAACAAACCUUUCAAUAAGUACGUCUGCGCCUGCCAGAUCGGUUACGAGUUGACCAAAGACAAACGUACGUGCGUCGUUCCGGAUGCUUUUCUGCUGUUCGCCAGGAGGGAAAACCUCGGCCGUAUCAGCAUCGAGAAUACCAAUAAUGAUAAUGUCAUACCCGUCACUGGGGUCAAAGACGCCAGCGCCUUGGACUUCGAUUUACUCGAGAAUCGCAUUUAUUGGACGGAUGUGAAAAUAAAAGCCAUCACACGUGCCUUUAUGAACGGAUCGGGUAUGGAAAGAGUGGUCGAUCUCGGCUUAGAAUCGCCGGAGGGUCUCGCGUUGGAUUGGAUCGCGCACAAUCUUUACUGGAGCGACACCAACAUGCGUAGGAUAGAGAUGGUCAGACUGGAAGGUGGCAGCAGAAAGGUACUUGUGUGGCAAAACCUUUUCGAGCCCAAGUCUCUGGCUCUGGAUCCUCAGAAAGGUCACAUGUACUGGGCCGAGUGGGGCAAUCUCGGCAGCAUAGAGAGAGCUUUAUUGGACGGCACGCAACGACAGAUGACUAUCUCAAACAUCGGACGAGCGAAUGGUCUGACCCUGGACCAUGUCGCGCGCAAACUGUAUUGGGCCGAAGUCUCGACGCCUGCGAUCGACUGUUACGAUCUCUCGACACGUAAAAGAGAAGUGAUUAUCUCGAGCAACAUGGGCUAUCCCUUCAGUAUCACGCAAUAUCAGGAUUACAUCUACUGGACAGAUUGGAAUACCGACGUGAUCGAGCGAGCGGAUAAGCUUACCGGGGCGAAUCGAACCAGAAUCCACGACAAACUGGAGUCCGUGACGGAUCUGAAGGUCUUCCACGAGUCCAGGCAGACCGGCUGGAAUCCAUGCGCGGUUGCGAACGGCAAUUGCAGUCAUCUUUGCAUCGCUCUACCUGGACCGAACGGCGGCGCCUCCGUCGCGCACAAAUGCGUUUGUCCCACGCAUUACGCGCUCUCUCCGGACAAUCGGACGUGCGUGGCGCCUCGACAGUACAUGAUCUACAGUCUGCGGAACGCGAUCGCGCGUUACCUGCCCGAUCAGGACGACUGCGCGGACGUGAUGCUGCGGGUGCCGGGUCUGAAGAACACCCGGGCGAUCGAGUUCGACCCGGUGACCCAGCACGUCUACUGGAUCGACGGUCGCACCAUGUCGAUCCGGCGCGCCCUGGAGAACCGCACGCAGCCGCAGCACAACAGCAGGAUCGUCAUCGCCGGGGGCGGCUUGCCGUAUGAUCUCGCCCUGGAUCCGCUCGGCAGGCUGCUCUUCUGGACGUGCAGCCAGUACGACGCGAUCAAUGUGACCCGACUGGACAACGGCUCGCUUGGGGUCGUGGUGAAGGGCGAGGGUGAGAAACCGCGGCACAUCGCGCUUCACUCUCGGCGGCGACUGCUCUUUUGGACGGACGUGGGCAAGAAGAUGCGGAUAAUGCGCAGCAAGAUGGACGGCAAGGAGCGCCACACGAUCUUCAGCGAGCUGACGGAACAGCCGACCGCCCUGACCGUCGACGCCGCGACUAACGUCGUCUACUGGGCUCACGUCAAUCAGAUCGAGUGCGCCGACUUCAACGGCGCCAAUCACAGAGUCCUGGUGGCCACGCAACAGAAUCCGCCGGUGUAUCUGGCUGUGCUCUUCGACUACCUCUACUGGUAUGAUCGCGAAUUGCAGACUGUCCAGCGGGCCGACAAGACAUCUGGCUCGAGUGGCAAGCAGAGCGCGCUGAUGUCGACGAGUCGCGCGCUCACGGACAUCAUCGUGGUCAGCAGGCCCGAGGACUCGCUGAUGGAGACGCACGUGUGCAGCCCGUUCAACGACUACGGCGGCUGCUCGCAUUUCUGCAUCGGCACCACUACCACGAUCAUCACCGGCGGGGGCGGCGACGACGGCGCCUCGGUGUCGUCGCGUUGCUCCUGCCCGAAGUCCCUGGUCUUGUCCGACGACGGGCGUACAUGUCGCGCGGCCCCCGCCUGCGGACACGGACACUUCACGUGCGCCGCGCCCAGCUCGGCCAUUGGCAAGGACUGCAUCCCGGUGCUCUGGAAGUGCGACGGCCAGACCGACUGUCUCGACGGCAGCGACGAGCUGGGCUGUCCUAUAUGCACCCCCGAACAGUUCAGAUGUCAAAAUCGCUGCAUCGAGUUAUCUUUGGUGUGCGACGGGACGCCGCAAUGCUCGGAUGGCUCAGACGAGGCGCACUGCUGUCAGCCCGGACAGUUUCAAUGCAUCGGAAACAGGGUCUGCAUUUCCGGGACGACCGUAUGCGACGGCUGGGAGGACUGCGCCGACGGCAGUGACGAGCUGGCGCCGGCUUGCGCCCACCGUCAGGACGGGUCUAGAAUCUUCGGCGAGUCCGGCAAGAUGACUUACGUCAUUAUCAUUCUAGUGGUAGUCGUCGUGGCCGCCGCGAUUGUCCUCAGCUACUACUACUGUCGCAGAAGGUUCAUCGGAAAUGAAGGUUUGCCUGACAUAUUGCACGAUUCUGCGGGAGAUCCGCUGUCGCCGAAGCCGAACAACAACCGAGCGGCGAAGCCGAUUUUCGCUUCGCAGAAAAACAGGAAGGACGGAGGAGUAGGAGUCCUGAAAGCAGAGAUGGAAGCCGUGAGGAUGUCCAUGCUGAACGGGAGCAGCCUCGGCUCCAGUUACGACCGCAGCCACAUCACAGGCGCGUCGAGCUCCACCAGGGGCAGCUCCGCGGGUGGGUACCCCCAGGAGACGCUGAACCCGCCGCCGAGUCCGGCGACGAUCGCCAGCUCGACCCGGUGUUCGAGCAGCAACGCGUCCCGCUACAAGCCUUACCGCCACUACAGGAGCAUCAAUCAGCCGCCGCCGCCGACUCCGUGCAGCACCGACGUCUGCGACGAGUCGGACAGCAACUACCCGGCGCGCUACCGCUACGAGAGCGAGCCCUUUCCGCCGCCGCCUACUCCGCGCUCCGUCUACCACAGCGACGCGGCGAUGAGCUGUCCGCCGUCCCCUAGUUCAAGGUCGUCCACGUAUUUUAGCCCGCUGCCGCCGCCGCCGUCGCCAGUGCCUUGAGACGAGGAGGUGGUCUCGACGUAGAAGAGACGGAAAUAGAAAGCGCGUUUUGCAAGGCUCCUGGCUCCUCGCCGCGACCAGAUGAAUUAGUUAGAUUGUGACGUCAGAGGCGAGACAAUUCUUGGAUUAUUUCCAUGAUUUUA